AUGAAAUUGAGUCAUGAUACUGUAACCAUUGACUUGAAGAAUAGAACACAGGUCCCUGGAACUAUCCCAUGUGUCGAUGUCUCAGAUGUCAACAUAAAUACACAUCUUAAAGCUGUGAAAAUGACCCAGAAGAACAGAGAACCCGUACAGCUGGAAACCCUGAGUAUCCGAGGAAAUAACAUUUGAUAUUUUAUUCUGCCAGACAGCUCUCUGGACACAUUACUUGUGGAUGUUGAACCCAAGGUGAAAUCUAAGAAAGCAGAAGCUGUCGCAGGAAGAGUCAGAGGAAGAAGACUUGACCGUGGCAGAGGACGAGGGGGUCCCAGGAGAUAG